ACCACCAUGCAGCUCACUACCAAGGUCUCUGUUGCCCUUCUGGGUGCUCUCGCCGCCGUUGGCGAGGCCAACAUCCACCACAACCUGCACUUCCACGGCCGCGAUGCCGCCUCCAGCUCGGUUGCGAUCCCCGUCACUCUCCCCACCACGACUGUCCAGCCUCCCCAGCCCGUCGUUGCUACCAGCUCGGCCUCCACCGCCGUUGCUGCCACUACUAGCCUGGCUGUCGCUCCUCAGGGCACCACCACUGCUGCUCCCGUCCCCGCUGCGCCCUCUUCCGAGGCUGUUGCUCCCGCCGGUCCCUCGUCCGUGGCUGUGCCUCCUGUUGCCUCGGUGGGCUCCUCGUCCGUGGCGGUGGUUGUGCCUUCGGCUCCUUCCUCUGUCCCGGUGGUGCCUGUUGGCCCCUCCUCCGUGCCCGUGGUCCCCGUUGGUCCCUCCUCCGUGGUGCCCGGUGCUCACUCCUCGGCCCCCGUGCCUCCUUUCCCUUACUCUUCGGCCAUCACCUCCGCCCCCGGCCCUCUCGGCACCGGCGUGACCCAGUCCGCGGGAGCUACCAGCUCUGCUGCUGGCUCCGGCGCUGGAUCUGGCGCUGCCUCGGGUGCUGAGUCCGUCUCCACCGAGUACGAGACCCAGACCUCCACCAGGGAUGUCACUCUCACCUACACUCUGGGUGCCGGUGCCUCCAAGACCGUGGUGACCACUACUGUUCACCGCACCGUGACUGACGUCCAGACCGUCUAUGUGACCCCUGGAGCCCACAGCUCCAGCACUGCCAGCGCCGGUGCCCAGGACACUACCCUCACUUCGACCUCGACCGCCUUUGCCACCUACACCCUCCUGGCUAUCCCCUCGUCCACUGGGGCCGCUGGCUCUGCCGCCACCUCUGGCAGCUCCUCCGGCUCCGCCAGCUCCGGCUCCAGCGACAGCUGCGCUCCUGUCACCGUCACUGUCCACGACACUGUCACUGUGACUGUCGCCCCUACCACUGCCGCUGCUAUCACCGCCACCCCCGACACCAACGUCGAGGUUGCCGAGCCCACCACCAGCGCUGAGGACACCACCUCCAGCGCCUCGACCACCGAGGCCGCUGCCACCAGCACUGCCACCGUGGUCCCCACCCCCCGUCCUCCCUUCGGCCACAGCAACGGCACCUUCCCCUACCCUAGCGGUGCUGCCCGUCCCACUGGCUUCCAGACCAGCAGCCGCGCGGCUUUCCCCUCGCACUUCCGCCGCGUCUACUAAGGGCUUAGCCUGGCGCGUUCGUCUGUACUGAGAACUGAGCCCGUGGCGUAACGCUUGCGCUGGCCUUGUACCUAUGAGAGGAUUUCGAUAUUUAUGUUUCUGGUACAAACUUGACAAUUUUUUUUCUUCUUUCUCCAUUCUCCACCUAGUCUAUCUUCCAUUCUCGUCUAUCCGGCUAGGUACUCAGGUUGUUCCAUUCUUGCGGCAUCCGUCCCGGUCCUACCCGUU